GAGAGGGCGGAUUCCAAGAUGGCGGUGCGGCCGGGUUGCCGCGAGUGGCCUUGACGGAGCCGGUGUGAAGCGACCGCCUCGGAGGCAGUAAGAAGCGGCAGCGGUCCAUUCCCCACGCCCGAAGCGAGGCGACAAGGCGCCGGUGUUGGGGCCGGCGAGCGGGCCGCGGUUACGGGUGAGGAGCGGCGCAUCUCACGUAACUUGCGUCUGUCUGCGACCAGGAACGCAGGGGCGUACGGUGCGGGAAGAGCGUAGCAGGCGUCUGUGAAUAGCUCGGUUGAAUGGGGAGAGAGCGAGGAGCUACGCGAAUAGCGCAGCGGGGAGAUCAGGGCGCCCGGCAGGGGUCGCUGCGCGCGCAGCUUCGGAGUUCGAAGAGGCGCAGAUGGGCGAGGGCGGGGGCAGUGAGGCGCUUUACGCAAGCGGAGUAGAACGCUUUCGAGAAUAGUAGUAAGGAGGCACAUGCGCGCCGGUGGGAGGCUCAAUGUUUCGCUGAGGUUUUCAUUGUGUUCUUGGAGAAAGCAGCCUUAAACAAACGAUGCGUAAAAUGCCCAUUUAAAACUAAUAAGCAUUCCCGUGCAUUCUAAGCAUCAGGAUAAAUAGUCUUUUUUUUACAUUCCUUUCCCAGUCGAUAUCCCUCCAAAGUGAGGGAAAAUAAAUAAUUUCAUUCAUAAAAGGGUACUAGCAUUCGAUGCACAAAGAAGUGAUCUGGUGGAAUAAGCAGGGAUCACAUGUUAUUCGGCAAUCAUUUUCUGUCUGUGCCUGCUGGAUUUUAACUAUAGCGGUGCUGCAGCUGUCAAGUUCACAAAAUAUUCCCAUUUUGAUAUAAAUGGUUUUUUUUGGGGGGGGGUGCAGCUAGCUAAGAGGGGUUGUGCCGAAUCGGAUCUUACAGGUACAGUACCCAGCUUUAUAGAUGUUAUUGUUACUUAACUUGAAAAGAUUUCUUCUGUUUAUGUAAUUUAUUACCUUGCCUGCCCUAUGUAAACAAUCCUUACGUAGCCACGAGCAGCAAAAAAGUGUGUGAAAGUAAAUGAGUGGUCUAGUAGCAUCAUUUGCAGGCUACUCACUUUUGUAGGUUUAUUUUAAAAGUUGGCUAAAGCAGCUCUUGUGGCAGUUUACAAGGCUAGUUAGAUACAAUGGGCCAAUUUGUUUGUGCCAUUAAACUACGGUAUAUGCUUCCAUCAUUGUUACUACUAUUAUUACAUUUAUUACCUGCCCGUCACCAGCAGGUCCCAGGACAGGUUACAGUGAUUUAAAAUUUAAAGCAGUUAAAACAGAUCACAGUACAGUAGUAGUAUGCUGUCCACUGGGAGACUGGAAAUAGAAGAUUGGUUUAUUUGAAACCAAACAGACAAAAAAGUCUCCAGAGUUCCGUGUUGUGAAUUGAAACAGUAGUUUGUUGAAACAAACCAGGAUCAGGUAAUGAUUUGUAAUCCUUUUUGUUAACAGACCAUAUUUUAAAGUAACCAAAGUUUUCCAAGUUUGGAAAUAUUUAGAAAUUCUGGUUGGGUUACUCUCAGUUUUCUCCUCCUGGCCAUCUCUGGUUAACCAUCAAGGUUAUUGUAGUUUAUUAGAAGCUCCAGUAAAGAGGAUGAACUUGCAGCACAAUCCUUUGUAUGUUUACGCAAAAUGAAGUCCCACUGUGUUUGAUGCAACUUGUGGAAGUGGCUAACCUCUAGGUGUCGUAGGAACCCAACUCAUCAGCCAGCAGGGCCAAUGCCAGGGAUGAUGGGAGAUUUUGUCCUGGAUCAUCUGGAGGGCCACAGGUUAACCACCACCUUAGCCUAGUAAAAAUAAUAAAAACUAUUCCAGGCAAGUAUUCUGGAAAAGGAAUUCCACAAACCAGAUGCCAUGAAAGAACACUGCCUGCCCCCCAGCCAUCUGCUUAAUCUCAGGGGUGGGGGGAGUUCCGGAGAAGGAACGACAAUGAAGAUUGUAGCGGGUGAACAGCCUUAUAUAGGUGAAGGUUGAUUAGAGCUCUAAGUUAAAACUAACUGAAUUGCGCCUGGAAACAUUUAAAGCACCAAAGAAAUAUGAUUCCAGGGUGAACCCUAGUUAACUGCCUUGCUGUUGUGUUCUUGACCAUUUUAUGACAAAAGAAAGAGAGUUGUAAACUUUCUAAACUUUUUUACAAGGCAGUAAAGCAUUUGUUAAAUCUGUAAAAUCUCUUUGGAAACAUGAAUGAAGACAUGAAAUUUCACCCUUGGUGUUAAAGUAUCUUAUAACUACUUCAAUACUUGAUGAGAUUGCACAGCUGCUUGAUGCAGUUGUAGUGACAUUAUUUUCAACAUGGAAAUAGCACCUGUGUGAGUUUUCUUAUGGGCAAGUCUUUUUACUCCCCUCCACCCAAUCAAACUGAAACUUCUCUUCACCCUAGCCGCUCCUAGUCUGAAACAAGGAUCAGGUGCUUUCAGUUUCACAUACAUGGAUAUCCAGGUGUCUGGAUUCCCUUUUAGUGUGUUGCAUAUAAUUCAGUUGUCCCCUCCUCCCAUGUCUUGUUCCCCCUUCCCAGGCACAUCAAAAAUGGCCCCAGCCUGCGAACGGCUGCAAUUCCGAUUUCCUGGCUAUGGCGAUGGGGUGCUGCACCGCAUGGACCAGCUGCGGCAGCAGAGGCGCUUUUGUGACGUGACAGUGCAGGUGAACGAUCUGCGGGUACCUGGGCACCGUGUGGUCUUUGCCGCUUGCUCCCCUUUCUUGCGCGACCAGUUCCUGCUCAAUGACUCACAGGAGGUGUCGGUCUCCCUCUUCCAGAGUCCGGAGAUUGGGCGCCAGCUGCUUCUCUCUUGCUACACAGGAUGCCUCGAGGUGCCCAUCAAGGAACUGGUCAACUACCUGACAGCUGCUUCCUUCUUGCAGAUGGGCCACGUGGUGGAGCGCUGUGCGCAGGCGGUCUCCCACUACUUAGUCCCCAAGGCAGACACCCUGCUGCGGGAGGAGCAGGCGGAGGGGAGCUAUUCUCAGCAGGAUGGGGAAGAAGAAGGGGAGGAAAAGCGACCUCCUUCACCCACGGGGGAGACAGAUUCCGAGGAUGUCAAAGUGGAGGUGCCUGAGUUCACCCCACGUGAUUCCCACGGCCCCUCUUCUCCUGCAAUCUCCCUCUCCCUCAUCAACUCCGCUGUGGAGAUCACGCGCAGCUACCUGCAGGGUUGCUAUGACGACGAAGCAAGCAGCGAAGGACUCACUUUCCCUCCAGCAGCUCCUGCCCCCGCCCCUCAGUGGAGGAACUACCCGCUUCAUCGUCACCGGCAUGGCACGGCCAUGGCGUACAGGGACUGGCGGGCGGGUGGCGGGGUGGCGUCGUGGAAGGUGCCGGGGCUGGAGCGCCCGUACCGGUGCCCCCGCUGCAACAGUGUGUUCCAGCAGCUGGGGAACUUUGUGAACCACGUGCAGGAGCACAAGCUCUUCCUGUGCCUCCGCUGUGGCAAAGUCUUCUCGCAGAAGAGCAACCUGACGCGCCACAUCCGCGUGCACACCGGCUUCAAGCCCUUCCAGUGCCCCGUCUGCCGCAAGUGCUUCACCCAGAACGCCACCCUGCAGGACCACCUCAACCUCCACAGCGGCAUCAAGCCCCACAAGUGCAACUACUGCGAGAUGCACUUCACCCACAAACCGGGCCUGCGGCGCCACCUCAAGGAGAUGCACGGCAAGAGCACCGUCCAGAACAGCCACGAAGAGAUUGAAGAGGUCACCAUUGACUUUGAUUGAUGCGCGAGGAGGGCGGGAGGGGCGGCGGCAAACCGAGCGGUAGAUAGUCUUCUGUCAGGCCAGGCAGAGUCUUCAGUCAGUCCAAAAUUCCUUUCGGCGAAAGAUGGGCUGCGUGAACUGGGUAAGGGGCACACUGCAGACAGAAGCAGUCGACGCAGGGGUGCCACAGGCCACACUCGUUGCUUUUCAAGUAGUAAGGGAAGUCCUGUGGCUAUAGAGUGUUUACUGUAGAAGAGCACAGAGGACAAGGACUGAACCGUCAUCUGGAUAGGAGACAAAAUCGCCCCACAGCAAGGAGAGGCUGUUGAGUGAGGAUGCUGCCUGAGGAUGUCUAGGCCUGUUUUGUAAAUGGGUUCACGUGAGGGGAAGCCGCUGCCUCAGACAGUGGAUUUUGGGUGCCCUUAACGGCAGCAGUGGGAAGACGAGAGAGCUGGCUCAUGGGGCACAAUCCACUGGGCAAGCCCCAGUGAAAUGAAGGGGAGCCCUGCAAGAAUGUGAUGGUUCUUUGGUAUAGCUCCCUUUCAGUGUAUGUGUGUGUGCGUGUGCAGAAGACCAUCAUGGCGGAUUAGUGUGUAAUGGGAUUGCGAUUUAGAUUUCCUACCUCACACGUGUCAGUGUUUGCUCUGGCCCUGGUGUGGCCGCUGCAGAAUUAGCCAUCUGACUCAACACCAGAAGAGCUUAAUCAAAUAGGGAUGACAGGAGAUGGAAGUUUACAGUUGAUUGAUGGAUUAAAAUUAACGUCAUUGGGUUCGGGUGACAGACACCCAAUAAUUCUUGAAAUGAUUGCUAAUCUUAUAAUAAAAUAUACCACAUGUCACUAAAAUCGGUCUCUUUACCAAAAUGAUUGGAAAGUGGUCAACAUUUUGCUGCUGUUUUUUUCGUAAGGGGGCAAGCAAGAAAUUAACAAGCCACUUGGCCUAAGGUCUGCCUCUGGUAAAUUGAGGGAAUACGUUGUUAAGGAUAGAUGUAUGGAGCACACUGAAGAAGUCCGUCUUGCUUACUAUCAACAUGGCUUCUUCAAAGGGGAAGUCCUGCCUGACCUGCCUUCUGUAGAUCUUUGAGAGUGUCUACAACUCCAUGUAAGCUAUCAGCCUUGUCGCCUAUAUGAAGAUUUCUUCUUGUUCAGAGGAAGUAUGCCACUGGGUACCAGUUGCUGGGGUGUAACAGCAAGGGAGUCUAUUGGAAUUUUUGUCUGCUUAAGGCAGUGUUUUUGGACUUUUUGGAGGCAUCUUGCUGGUCGCUGAUGGAAAAUAGAUACUGGUCUAGAUGGAUCUCUAGUCUCAUCUCUCAGGUUUAUACAUCAGCCUUGCAUUUAAGCACUAGCCUGGCUGGUGUAAGCAACCAGAAAUUGUAUGCUGGCAAGCACGUGGUUUGGCAGAGGAGGGGUGAGCAUAGAAACCAGGUGGGCUUCCCAAAAGAGAGGAGCCUCUUCCUCUGUGCCCAGAAUUGAAAUGAGGUGACCCACUGCAGGAGAGAUGGAGGCAGCCCCCAGCAGACGACGACUACUACUUCAUUUGUUUGUUUGUUUAUUAUUUUGUAGGCUACUAGCUUUCAUAGGAUUAUUUACAACAUUCUCUUUCAUCCUCUAUUUUCUCUGGGGUAGGAAUCACCCGUGAUCCCAGUAGGCCCUUGUUGGACAUCUGCUCCAACUGAGUUAGCGCAGCGACUGGGGUGAUGGAAUAAAAGCUUGCCCGCAAUAUCUUUGCUUAUCUUUAUUUUAAAAUACUGUAAUAAUCAAACAGCUGCAAAACACCCCUUCUCACCACCAUUCCUCAACAGCAUUGCCUAACAGUAUUCUAUAACUACACACUACGCCACUUGAUCAACUUAAAUACAGUUUUCAAAUAAUUACCCUAUCACAUCCCUGCAUUCGGUGCAGUAGGUAAGCGCCCCUGCUAAUUAGUUAAAUUGUUAAGAUACCUCAGGUGUGAUGAAUUGUCAAAAGCUCACAGAUGUCCUGCGUGCAGGUUAUAAUUACAAACACACACCUCUGAGUAGCACCACUGACCACAUUAAUAUCAGGAAAACCCAACAGCCGUAGUGUGCUAAAUCAGUACAAUGCUCAUUUUUUAUUCUUAACUCAAUUGAGAUGCUUUCUGGAGAGGGGACAAAAAGAUGAUGGUUGAGAAACACUUUCAGCUUCCUACAUCUUGCUGAG